AUGUUUUUAGAUUCCGAACAAUAUCCAUUAUAUCAAUAUGAUUAUGCAGCAGCAUAUUUUUGGUAUUAUCGUAAUGUUGUUAAUAAAUUUUUUAUUAUUAUACUUAUAUUAUUUAUAUUUUGUGGUUUGAUUGGUAUUCGAACAUUUUUCUUUCAUCCGGUGGAUACAUUAAGUUUUCAAAUCCUAUAUGAUUGUAUUGUUUUCAAUACAGAUCAAUAUUGGAAAAGUAUAGAUACGAAAAAAAAUAUUCAAAUUAAAAAAUCUAGACGUUUAAAGCAUUAUCGACAACGAUUUAAACAAAAUCAUCCAUUCAUAGUGAAAAUAGUACCAAAAUUUAUUCAGGAAAAAUUAUUCCAAAUUCGUUGUUGGUUAGAUUCAUGGUUAGCAUUGGAUCAAGUGGAUAAGAAAUUAUUUUUGAAUCAAAAUAAAAUGCAACUAUUUCCACAUGCAUCGUUAAAAUGUCGUACAAAUGUUUUGUUAUUCAAUUUUAUUAUCGAUAAAUGUAAUUAUAUCAUUCAUAUUAUUGUCGUAUUACAAUGUGCAAUACUUCUUACUGAUUCAAUGAUAGCAACAUUUAUUAUAUUUCAUAAUAUCGUAAAACAAUUGAAUGAAAAUUUCAUUGCGAUUCUUAAGAAUUGUCUUCAUCGUAAUACGAUUAGUUUAUAUGAAAAAAUGAAAAUACUAUUCAUUUGUCGACAACAUAAUCGUUUAGCUUAUUAUUUAAUAUUUACCAAUGAAGAUAUUUGGAGCAAAACAUUUUAUUAUUUUGCAUUGGUCAGUAUUCCGAUUAAUGUAUCCAUAAUGUCUGAAUUGUUGGUUGAAAAUUUACCAAUACAAACACAAUUAUUAUUUAUAUUUGUUGCUAUUGUACAUGCAAUCUCUUUAUUGGUUCCUUUUAUGUCAUUGGCAAAAGUAUCGGAUGAUUUUCAUCAAAUUAAAAAUCAAAUACCAUCAUUACAAUUUCGAUUGAAACAUUAUCAACAUUUACGUUUAAAAUUAAAAUAUGAUGAUCUUUAUGAACGAUUAAUGUUUGGUAGAAAAAUCUGUUAUACAUUUGGUUAUUUGGGUAAUCUAACAUUUCGUGGUCUUUUUGAAGCAUUUCUUUAUUAUAUUAUGGCAUUUUUUCUUCAAUAA